AUGAUUUAUUUCUUCACCGAAAUCAACAAGGCUGAUCUGUUCGCGAUUUUGGCUGUGCCGGCGGUCGGCGUCCCGGCGAUCAUCACCAAUUUCAAAGCGUUCCGCCUUCUUCUGCGACAGGAGCGCUUGACACGAACCGCCCGGCUAUAUCUGUCGGCUGACCAGCUCGUUCGCCUCGUCAUGUCAAUCUUAUUCAUGUACAACUUCCCAGCGGCAUUUAUUCGUUUUGAUAAAGACGAGCAUUGGGCCGACCCGGGGAACGACGGGUAUUACAGCGGUCAGGAUAUGCCGGCUCAUUUUGAUUAUACGGUCUACUCGAUGGUUUGGGAGAAAUUUGAGCGCAACCUAAGCGCAAUGGGCCAAGCACCAUGUCUGCUCUGCCGACGCAUCAAUGCCAUCAGCGCCACAUAUUUCUUCUUUAUCCUACACGCAAAAGAAGUGCUGCAAUUGGGGCUGUCCUUCAAUCGCAUACUUGGCGUCAUCAAAAAUGGUCGCUACUAUACAUAUACGAUGAAACGACCGUACACGCAGAUUUUUCUGUUGCUUAGCCUGGCCUAUUUGCCGCUCUUCUUUUUCUACUCGGGGAGGAAGUACAGUCCGUUGACCUACCACCCGUUUCAACACUCACUGUUUUCCACGUCAAGUGGCAGAUUUGACUUGGGUCUCGACUGGAUUCUACGAGCUAUAGCCUUCGGAAUGUCUCUCGUUUCAGCCUCUAUCGAUGUCGUGACAUUCUUCAAGGUGCGCCGACAGCUGCAAAACAGCCAAGGGAUGAUACACACAAAAAGCCAAAAUGUGCAUCGCCCUGAUUUUCGGCUGGCGAAGCAGAUCGUUGUGAAUCAGGCGAUGAACACCCUUCUCGUCGUGCCAACACUGUAUUACUAUUGUCUCGAAUUUCUUGGCACCAGAUGGCAGCCGACGGUCUCACUCCGCUUCGCCAUCAUGAACACGCUCUACUAUCCAAUCGGGACGAUGUAUGCCCCGGUCCUUGCCAAUUUUAUCUCUGGAUGCGUCGCGAUUCAAUACUUUAAACCGAAAAAGAACGUGCCUGGAAGAGGAUGGCUGAGUUCGAUCUUUGCGUCACAACGCCGGCGAAGACGGAACACCAAUGUGACGGCGGUACCGGUGAGCUCUGUGAUGAAGGAGUCAGGAAUC